GUCGUGAAAUUACUAUGUAAAUGGCCAUCGAGAUAACGGGGAGUUCUGUCAUCGUAUUGAUCACAUGGAACAAGCAGAUAGCCACAUGGUCCAUGGAUCUAACAACCACGCGACGGUUUGUGGAAGCAAUCAUGUAUAUUGAACUUCUAGGUGGAGGCCCUAGACACGCAGAUGGCUAACGUUACCGACGUGGAGGAGAUCGUUCUGAACUGGGCCUGGAACAGUUUUCUCAAGACCCGAGGCGCCGACUACAAGAAACUCAAGUUCGAGGACGUUAAAAUGGAGGUGAACUGGACUCGAGUGAAAUUCACGCCCAGCAUGCCUGAGUAUUCCGAUGGAAAGAUGGUGGAUCAGCCAAAUUCCAAAAUAGUGUUCACGUCGACAUUCCUCAACAAUACAAACUGCGAGCAGGAGCACUCAUUCACGACAGAACGCACUACCGUUUGUACAGCGACCACGUGCAUCUCCAAGGGUUACACGCAGGGCUUCCAUCUAGAACUAAAAGUAGGACUUCCGGAAGAAGUGGCGGCCGCUACCGCCGGAUUCGGCCGCGAGGUUAACGUUGACCGCACGGACGAGCAUACAACAGAAACGGUGAUCACAUGGUCUGUUAACAGUAACGUGAAGGUGCCACAGAAUACUAAAGCAAUUGCAAAAAUGGAGGUAAAAGAGAAAGAGUUCACGGGGAAAUUUAAAUUGACUGUGAGCAUUCGCGGAAUGGUUAUUGUGACAUUCACAAAUCUCAGAGAAAAUAAUUCCUUUAUUCACUCGUCUGAAGGCGAUAUUUCUCAGAUACUCCGCGAUGCCAAACGGGAGGGGUACAAAAUCGAGGGGAAAACCGCCAUCUGGGAAGUGGAGGGGACUUCGAAGUUCCGGUUCGGGGUGGAACAGGAAGUGCAUCUGGACCAGGAGCCACUGUAGUGUGAUACAAGAAACAGUCACAUGAUAGCCUUUCUGGACGGGUAUGAGUUAACCUGGGUACGAGGCGAUAGUCGAUUACUGAACAGUGACCACUGUGAUAUGAUAAAGGAAUAGAAAAAAUGUUUUUAUGAUAAAAAUGUGCGUAGAAACAUGAUCACAACGUGACAUUUAACUUGGUACAAUACUUAGUUCAUAUUAGCAGGUAAGAAUGCAUUUAAAAUAUUUUGUGGACAUAUACAUGUUUUCUACGUAUUCCUAUUUGGAUAAAAUUGCAUACAUUUGUAUAAAUAAAUAAAUGUAUUUUCAUACAAUUU